UUCUUCGGCCAGCCUCACAUUUCACAAAUAUAUAUGGUCUAACAUCUAUACUGUUGAUUAAAAAUUACGAAUAGCAAAAUAAAGAGACGGUAAAGCUGGAGAAAAAGUGAAAAUGUUUCAUCACAGACAUUCAGAUUUACCAGAAUUGCAACAAGAAGUUGCGCAACUGCGCAGAGAAGUUAAAAUACGCCGAAUGAAAGUUUCUCAAGUAUCAAACGACAUCAUUCAAUAUUGUGAAAGCAACAUGACAAGUGAUCCAUUGGUUAUGAAGAUUCCUAUGAAUGAGAAUCCAUUCAGAGAUCGCAGCCGGCCUUGUGUAAUGCUAUAACUUUAUCAAUGACUGAACUUGUUGGAUAUAAGCAUUCCUUUAGGUUUUUAUUUGUUGCUCAUUGUUUGUGGAAAAAGUAUGCUAUAAAAUACUGAUAGCCAUUUAUUAAUUGUUCCUGUAUAAUUAGUCAUUUGUAAAUGGGUUUGGUUUAAUCACAUAGCAAAAUGAA